CUUCUUGUAAACAUGAAUGAUGAUUAUAGUGAAGAGAAGUCCUGCUGUUAUUUCCAUCCCAAAGCAGUGAUUGUUGGAGUGUGUGCUCUUUGCUUGAAAGAGAGACUUCUCAUUUUGGCAGCAAAGCAGGGGCAUAUUCCCUUAUCAGAGUCCAGAAGAAAUAGCAUUCUCGAACACAGGAAGUUCCCCAUCACCCUUCCAAAGAUAUUUGCUUUGGGUUCCUUGCUUAAUCGCCUUGAGUUCUUACAACCCAAGUCUGCUGAUGUUUCCGACGAUGACUACUUGUCCACGAGCCCAGAAGAUUCAUUCAUAUCGAUCAAGUUUGAAGACAAUGGCGUUGCCUCAUGGGACAAGGGUACAAGUUCUAGGGUUUCAAAUGAUCUCUUUCACAUGCAUUGCAAUCAAAAGUUGAGUAAGGAAGCGAGGGAGGUUAAGGCUGUAGUUGAGCAUAACAAACCACGUGCGACGCUGAGGUGGCGAAAGCGGAUAGGUCAUCUGCUCCAGAUCAUCCGGUGGAAGAGGUCCAACAAGUCUAACGUGUGCCAUGUGGGCAGCAAGGUGGAAGGAGUAAAGGUGAGGAAGGGUUGGAUAAGGACUCUGACAAAGAGAAGGACCAUGGAAUAAAGGGACAUGAGGAAGGAGACAGGCCGACCUUAUUACUUGGGUUUGAUCAGUUAAACUUUAAAAGCAAAAUACAUUAUUGAGAUGGUAGAUUCAGAAGGCUUUCCAUCAAUAUUUCUAUAGCCUUUUUCUUGCACCCUUGAGCUCUUGGAUUUUCUAGUCUAGCUUAGCUAGCAUGCAUGAAAGAAUUACAACAAAGCAAGGAAAAAAAAAAAAAAAAAAA